AUGACAGCCGAUCUUUUCUCACAAGGCCGGUUAUAAUUAUCUUCAGCUUGUGAGAAGAAAUAGCCGCAAAAAAGGUUCUUUUUUGCGCUCCACGGAUAAUUUGAAGGGGGAAUAGGGAAAAAUGAGAUUUCGCAGUCUUACAAGGUUUUUUUUUUCAAAUUUGUUCCUUGUCUAAACUUUGAAGUUUAAAAAAAACCCGAAAUCAGAUCAGUUAAAUUUCAUAGCUUCAUUAUGAGAACUAGGUGGUAUGAAAAAACCACCAGCGAAAAUUCAAACGGCGACUUUUCCGAUUUUUUCAUAUCGCUAGGGAACUUUCCGACGGCCACUUUUUCGACGGAUCCCUUUCCGACUUUUUUCCCUUAUGUUUUUCAGUUUAUAAAACAUCUAUAAACACUUUUUUUCCUAUUUCUUUGUGUUUUAAUCAUUAACCAACUACCUACUUUAUAUAGGGAGAUUUAAAACGAAAAGUUUAUCGAGAAAAAAAGUCGGAAAAAGAUUCAUCGGAAAGGUGGCCGUCGGAAAGUUCCCUAGCGAUAUGAAAAAAUCGGAAAAGUCGCCGUUUGGAUUUUCGCUAGUCUUUUUUUCAUACCACCGAGAAUUAAGAUUUUUUGUCACUAGCUCAUUUUCCCACGAAAACCAAGAUUAUUGAAUUUGACAUAGAAAUCCGUAGAUACGACUUCAAUUCUGAAAAUCCGUCACCGCUCAACAAAAUUUUUUCCCUGUAACUGCAUAAAUUCCAUCAUUUUUUUUUACUUGAAAAUGGUCCAUAUCUUUCCUUUUGAUUUUCAAUCACUUUUUAUAAGAGUAAUUGUAGAAGUCAUCUUUUUCCCGAUUACUCAAUGCUCUAGGCUACACCUCUUCAACUACAAUGUAGCCAGUCUUAUCACUACUCCACUACUUGUUUUCUUCUCGAUUUCUUUCCCUGGAAACUGUGCGAUGUCGUCCUCUCGCUGUCGCCGUCUUGAAGGCAAAGUCGCGAUUGUGACUGCGGCUACCAAAGGGUUUCUCUUCAACUCUCCCUUUAUCUUUUAUUCCAUCAUAUCUCUCAGGAUCGGUUUGGCCAUCGCAGAACGGCUAUUGGAUGAAGGUGCCUCUGUGGUCAUCGGCAGCAGAAACCAGAAGAAUGUCGACGAAGCGAUAAAGGUUGGGAAUUGGAAAAUGAUGAAGAGAGCUCAAACUACUAGGAACUGCACAGCAAAGGCCUCAAGAACGUUGCUGGCCUCGCCGGCCACAUCGCCAAGCCGGAAGAUCAGAAGAAACUUGUCGAUUUUGUACGUUUCUUUCAAACGGAUGAUGUCUCAAUUUUCAAUUAAGACUCUUCAAAAGUUCGGCAAAAUCGACAUCCUCGUGAAUAACCACGGCAUCAACCCGGCUUUCGGCCAUAUUCUAGGUUUCGAACUUGCCUUCCAAUCUUCGACACAACUUUUCAUUAAAGAAGUGCAAGACGAGGUUUGGGACAAGCUCUUCGAAGUCAACGUCAAGGCCGGUUUCCAAAUGAGCAAAUUGGUUCAUCCUCAUCUCAUUAAACAAGGGUUUGUCAGUUGAAUAUAUUGGGAUCUGAAAAGAAAUUCCAGAGGAGGAUCCAUUAUUUUCAAUGCGUCUUAUGGUGGCUACAAAAGUCCUCCGGUACGUUAAAUUAAAUGACAAUUCUGAAAAGGAGGUGAUUUCUUUCGAAAGAGCAGAAAUUUUGCUCUUUAUUUGCUAGGUUGAUUUCCGGUAGGCAUCCGUCUACAAAGUCCUCCAGUUGUUAAGAAAGGUCACUAAAAGUUAGUUUCCUUGAGACUCUUGUUCUCUAAGAAUAGAAAUUUUACCAGUCUGCGAUUUCUUGCUUUUCAAUCUAAUAGCUUAAAUAGCUCUCAAAGUUCUCAAGCAGAAAAGGAAACUUUUCACGAAAAUCCUCAGGGAAUCGCGGCUUAUGGAGUAACAAAAACGGCGUUGAUCGGUUUGACGAAAGCUAUGGCCAACGGCCUGAGCAAGGACAAUAUUCGGGUGAAUGGAAUCGCACCAGGCGUUAUCAAGACGAAAAUGAGCCGAGCGGUAUAGACAAAGAAAAAUCUUGAUCUCAAUGAAAAUUUGCAGCUCUGGGACCAUGAGGACGGUGAGAAGAACGUCAGCGAAGGCCAAGAGGUACUGAUAGAUCGGAUAAUAUCCAAGAAAGGAGAUUCAGAUUCAACUGGGACGACUGGGAGUUCCGGAAGAAUGUGCCGGUGCAGUGGCUUUCCUCGUUUCCGAAGACGCCUCUUAUAUCACGGGAGAAAUGAUUGUGAUCGCCGGAGGGGUUCAUGCGCGUUUGUAA